CGAGAGCGCCCGUCGCCGAAGCAACCGCGGCGGUUCUUUUGCACGCAUGUAAUUGUUAAAAUUUGCAAGUCAAAACUUUAGGACAGGCCCAACCGUUUCCUCGUAUCUGCCGGUUUCUUUCCCUCUCUCUUUCCUCUCUCUUUCCUCUCUCGUUCUUUCCGCACGCCUGCGUCUCCAUCACCAUUAACUUCUGAAUAGUUGCGGUUAUUAUUCUUCUGGGUCCUCUCUUCCUGCCCACAUUUUUUAAUCACUCCGAAGCAAGUCCCAGUUCAAGACUCCCCUCUAGGAAGAAAAAGUCCAUCGGCUUGACAAAAUCUCGUCCGGGCAGAAGUUGGGUCUGCUGCUUCUCUCUGUUUCCUCUCGCAAGUUCGCGGCUUUCCUGCGAAUGCAGUGAGUUUCCGGAGCAUGGUAGUGACCAGGAAGACGGCAUGGACUCGAAGAAGACAGAGAAGUUUGUAAGAUUUUAUAAUGAUGAAAAGCAAAAUCUUGGCGUUUCAUGGGAAAAGAACGAUCCCACGCACUUUGAAAAGCCAUUGCCUUUGUAUAAGAUACCGGCGGCGCCAACCCUGCUGAGACCCGAUGGCGAUCCUGCCAGUAGGAUUAAGGCCAAUUACAAAGCUCCAAGAUUUGGGACGUUUAAGGUUUUCCCUGAAGGCCAGGAGCCGCGGAAGAGCCGGAUUCUCGAUCCGGGGGGCGAAAUCUUCUUGCAGUGGAACAGGAUUUUCCUCUUCUCCUGCCUGGUGGCGCUGUUCGUUGACCCCUUGUUCUUUUACUUGCCGUCGGUCGUGAGCCGUGAUGGCUCGUCGUGCCUGACCACCGAUGUGAGCCUGGGGAUUGUGGUGACGUGUUUCCGGACGCUGGCCGAUGCCUUUUACAUUCUCCAUGUGGUCGUCAAGUUCCGGACGGCUUAUGUUUCCCCGAGCUCGAGAGUGUUUGGAAGGGGCGAGCUCGUUAUGGAUCCGAAGAAGAUUUGGAGGUAUUUGAGAUUGGAGUUCUGGGUCGAUUUGCUUGCGGCAUUGCCUCUUCCGCAGAUUGUGAUCUGGUUCAUCAUACCUGCGAUAAGAAGUUCGCACUCGGAUCACACCACCAACACUCUCGUACUGAUUGUUCUGCUCCAGUACAUCCCGAGAUUAUAUCUGAUCUUCCCAUUGAGUUCUCAGUUGAUCAAAGCCACUGGCGUAGUCACAAAAACUGCUUGGGCUGGAGCGGCAUACAAUCUCGUGUUGUACAUGUUAGCCAGUCAUGUCCUGGGCGCGUCAUGGUAUCUGUUGUCGAUGGAGCGACACGCUACGUGCUUGAAAUCCACAUGCGACCAGGAAUUUAGCCCCGUGAAGUGCCAUCUUCGUUACCUGGACUGUGAUAUGCUUGACGAUGGCCAGCGUGUCACAUGGGGCAACAGUACGAGUGUCUUUAGCAAUUGCGACCCGAAUGGGAAUAUCGUGUUCCAAUAUGGCAUAUUCGAGAAAGCUUUGACAGAGAACGUCGUGUCCUCGGAUUUUCUCGAGAAGUAUCUGUACUGUCUCUGGUGGGGAUUGCAACAAUUAAGUUCAUAUGGCCAAAAUUUGAGUACAAGCAUGUUCAUUGGGGAGACCUCGUUUGCCAUACUCAUCGCGAUCCUCGGCCUUGUCCUGUUUGCCCAUUUGAUUGGAAACAUGCAGACGUAUCUGCAAUCUCUCACUGUGAGACUUGAGGAGUGGCGGCUCAAGCGGCGGGACACAGAGGAGUGGAUGAGACACCGUCAACUCCCCCAAGAUCUACGGGACCGUGUCCGGCGCUUCGUGCAGUACAAGUGGCUAGCGACUCGUGGCGUCGAUGAGGAAUCGAUUCUGCACACUUUGCCUGCUGAUCUCCGUAGAGAUAUCCAGCGCCACCUAUGCUUGGACCUCGUGCGGCGAGUCCCCUUUUUCUCGCAAAUGGACGAUCAGCUGCUUGAUGCCAUCUGCGAGCGCCUCAAGUCCUCACUGUGCACUCAAGGCACAUACAUAGUCCGCGAAGGCGACCCGGUCACUGAGAUGCUCUUCAUCAUCAGGGGCAGGCUAGAUAGCUCGACUACCAACGGAGGGCGGACGGGGUUCUUCAAUUCGAUCACCCUGAGGCCCGGCGACUUUUGCGGGGAGGAGCUACUCACGUGGGCGUUGCUCCCCAAGUCGACUCUCAACCUGCCUUCUUCCACGAGAACGGUGAGAGCUCUGGACGAAGUGGAGGCGUUCGCCCUGCGGGCGGAGGAUCUCAAGUUCGUCGCGAACCAGUUCAGGCGCCUCCACAGCAAGAAGCUGCAGCACACGUUCCGCUUCUACUCUCACCACUGGAGGACGUGGGGGGCAUGCUUCAUUCAGGCAGCGUGGCGCAGCAAGAAGAGAAUGCUGGCCAAGAGUCUCAGCAUGAGGGAGUCCUGGUGGGCUUCCGAGGAGCACAGGACGCCGGAAGAUGAAACGGAAGAGCAUGGGGAAGAAGAGGGGGACCAGGGUAUUGCAUCCUCGGCUUCCUCUCAAGUGAUGCAACAUCUGGGCGUCACAAUAUUGGCUUCUAGAUUCGCAGCCAACACAAGGAGAGGAGCUCAGAAGGCGAAAGAUGUCGUGUUGCCAAAGCUGCAGAAGCCCGAGGAGCCGGACUUCUCGGCAGAGCCCGACGACGAGUGACGAACACCCACCUGUAUAAACGGAACUCGGUACCAUCAUUCACAUGUUAGUGAUGCACCAACUAGGAGACACCAUUGAAACUUGUUAGAAUCCAUCAACUAAGUCCUGAAACGGUUGCUCAUGUCCCAUGAUUCUCUGUCCAUAGCCUCCUCAAAAGCGUGAGCUGAUGCAUCAGUUAGCAGACACAUUCCACUACAAGCCCCUUUAACUCUGCAGCAGGACCUGAUUGGGAUUGAACUUUGUCACGGUCGAUGAGGCGCCACGAAAGCGAGCGCUGAAAUUUGGCUGGCGCGAAGGCAUAUAUUGUCGCGUUCAUUACACAGCUCGUCCGUUCCUGCUUAUUGAUGCUAUAAGAGUCCUAUUCAAUCACACAUUUGACAUUUUAAUGUAAUUUUGAGAUGCUGUCAUGUAGAUCAGCUUGUCUGGAUCAUGUAAAGCUGGAGUUGCAGAUUA